AUGUUUUCCAUAUACAACUCACCAUGCGUUUUUGAACAGUUGCCCACUUUUAAUGAGCCCACAAGCUCCCAUCAUUUUGAACGCAGUUCUCCAAUGUAUUACCCAGAAUGUAAAAGGAGAAGAGCGGUAAAAGCGAACUUAAAACCAUCCAAAGGAAAAAGUAGAGAUUGGUCCCGAACUUUAAAGUAUGCGCUCACAGCAACACCAAAUGGUUACACUUUAAGCUUAUAUAAGCGAGUUCCAUAUGAACUCAUCUCAAAGUACGUUAACGAAAAGUUGGAUGAACUGAAGGAGAGUCAUUACCGCCCAACUUACCACGUUGUGCAAGAUUUUUUUGGUAAUCAGUAUUAUGUUGAAGACGAAGUCGAUGAAAAUGCUUUAUUUAGAUCUGCACUGAAAGAACUGGAGUUCAAAGCUAUCGGGAAGAAAAUUGCUAAGGACUUAUUUCAAGAUUAUGAAAUAGAACUGAAUCAUAGAGGUGAUGAAUUGAGCAUAUUAAGCAAAAGGGAUAAUAUCUUCAAAGAUUUCUGUCUGGAUCAAGUAUUUGAAGAUGUCUUCGUUAUCAGUUGUGGCAUCGAAAAUAUGGACGAUGACUCUAGAGAUAAAUAUGCUCUUUUAAAGAUUGGUUUAGUUAGACAGGAAAGAAAAAACAUUACACUCAAUGCCUCACAACAAAAGGUGUUACUAAACGAACCAAAAGAGCAGCCUCAGGAAGAUAUCAACACUUGUCAAUCAUUUCCGGAACAAAAGGAAGUGGUAGAACCAGAAACAUCGCUACUGAAAGAAGAACAAAUAAAAAAAUGGAUUGAAGAGGAAAGAAUCAUGCAAGAAGAAAGUAGAAAGGCAGAAAAGCAGAAACUGGCUGUGGAAAGUGUAAAAAGACAAAAGAAAGAGAAACAGGCAAAAUUAAAAGCCAAGAAGGAAUCUUUAAUAAAGAGGCAAAAGUCCAAGAGAGCUGAGCAGAAAAAGAUUCCAGAGUCUAAUUCAUCAACUUUCUCGGAGAUCAAAACCAAUUUCAAAGACAACAACAUUAAUACCGAUUUUGCACAAAGCGAUAACGAAAGUAUAAACAGUGAAUCAGAUACGAACUCAGAUUCCUCCAUGUCAAGCAACGCAUUGAAAAAUUUCGUUUCACCUGUAUUAGAAGAAGUUGAGGACGAAGAAGUUGAUAGAUACAAUGAAUCCUUGAGCAGAUCUCCUAAGGGUAAUUCUAUCAUUGAGGAUAUGUAA